GAAAAAGGCUCCAACAACACACUUGCAACAGGAUUACAAGUCCAUAGAUUCCCUAAGGUCCAAUCUGAUGGAUAAGAGGAGCAACUCCCAGAGCUGCUAGAGAUUGAGUUGAAACGUUUCCGCAGAAAGACGUUUGACUAAGAAGCCAUGGAGCCGGGAGAGGGGAACGCUCAGCCGAUAAGGCAAGUGCUGCUUUUCUUUGUUUUCCUGGGAGGGUCUUUGGUGUGUUCUGAUACCUGGAGCUAUUCUGUGGCAGAGGAAACUGAGAUCGGCUUCUUUAUAGGCAACGUGGUGAAAGACAUGGGUUUGGGUGUGGAAGACCUGGCUGUGCGGGGGGCCAGAGUCAUCUUCGACGACUAUAAACCAUAUUUGCAGUUGGAUAUCCAGACUGGCAACUUGCUCUUAAAUGAACAACUAGAUCGGGAGGCACUUUGCGAUUUCACUGAGCCGUGCAUAUUGCAUUUCCAGGUGUUAUUUGAAAAUCCUUUGCAAUUUUUUCGGGCUAAGCUUUCAGUCACAGACAUAAAUGACCACACUCCCACGUUCCUAGACAAACAUAUACUUCUAAAAGUCUCAGAAGGUACUACUCCGGGAACCUCAUUCCAAAUGGAUAGUGCUCAGGACUUGGAUGUAGGAAAGAAUGGUGUCCAAAACUAUACAAUAAGCCCUAACCCCCAUUUCCACCUUAAAUUGCAAGACACUGAUGAAGGCAGAAAAUACCCAGAGCUGGUCCUGGACCAAUCUCUGGAUAGAGAAAAGGAACCUGAGCUUAGUUUAACACUAACAGCCUUGGAUGGCGGAUCUCCACCCAGAUCCGGCACGACACUGAUUCGCGUUGUGGUCCUGGAUAUCAAUGACAACGCCCCCAAGUUUGAGAGGCCAGUCUAUGAGGUUCAGGUACCAGAAAACAGCCCUGUGGACUCCUUAGUCAUCAAGGUGUCCGCUACAGAUUUAGAUGCAGGAAUAAAUGGAGAACUACUUUAUUCAUUUUCCCACGUCUCUAGAGACGUGCGGGAAACAUUUGAAAUCCAUCCAAUUUCUGGUGAAGUCCAUUUAAAAGCACUUCUAGAUUUUGAGAUAAUUCAGUCUUAUGCAAUAAAUAUUCAGGCCAUUGACGGUGGGAGCCUUUCUGGAAAAUCGGCCAUUUUAGUUCGGGUUGUAGAUGUGAAUGACAACCCACCAGAAAUAGUCGUGACAUCUAUUACCAGCCCAAUACCGGAAAACUCUUCGCCUGAGAUGGUGGUCGCUGUUUUCAGUGUACGAGACCAAGACUCUGGAAACAACGGGAAAAUGGUUUGUUCAAUUCAGGACAACCACCCCUUUCUCUUGAAGCCUACCUUCAAGAACUUUUAUACCUUAAUAACAGAGAGUGCACUAGACAGAGAAGCAAGAGCCGAGGCCCUCGCCUCCCUGGUGUCCAUCAACGCGGACAGCGGACACCUGUUCGCCCUGCGCUCGCUGGACUACGAGGCCCUGCGGGCGUUCGAGUUCCGCGUGGGCGCGGCAGACAGAGGCUCCCCCGCGCUGAGCAGCGACGCGCUGGUGCGCGUGGUGCUGCUGGACGACAACGACAACGCGCCCUUCGUGCUGUACCCGCUGCAGAACGGCUCUGCGCCCUGCACCGAGCUGCUGCCCAGGCAGGCCGAGGCGGGCUACCUGGUGACCAAGGUGGUGGCGGUGGACGGCGACUCGGGCCAGAACGCCUGGCUGUCGUACCAGCUGCUCAAGGCCACGGAGCCCGGGCUGUUCGGCGUGUGGGCGCACAACGGCGAGGUGCGCACGGCCCGGCUGCUGAGCGAGCGCGACGCGGCCAGGCACAGACUGCUGGUGCUGGUCAAGGACAAUGGCGAGCCGCCGCUGUCGGCCACCGUCACGCUGCACGUGCUGCUGGUGGACGGCUUCUCCCAGCCCUACCUGCCGCUGCCGGAAGCGGCGCCGGAGCAGGCGCAGGCCGACUCGCUCACCGUCUACUUGGUCAUCGCGUUGGCCUCGGUCACCUCGCUCUUCCUGUCCUCGGUGCUCCUGCUGGUCGCGGUGCGGCUGUGCAGGAGGCGCGGGGCGGCGUCGGAGGGCCGCUGCUCGGUGCCUGGGGGCCGCUUUCCGGGCCACCUGAUGGACGUCAGCGGUACGGGGACCCUGUCCCAGAGCUACCAGUAUGAGGUGUGUCUGAUGGGAGAGUCAGGGACCAGCGAGUUCAAGUUCCUGAAGCCGGUUAUCCCCAACCUCCCGCCCCUGAGCGCUGAAAUAGAGAAAGCCUCACCUUUCUGAACGUCUUUGGGUUCAAUUAGGGACACGAUUAUAAUGCAGAACUUUAAGAAUGAGUCUCUUCUUUGAAAUUUUAUUCAUUACAAUGUAAAGUUCUUCAUUUUGUGUAACUUCAUUUUACAUAAGAGUUUUUAGAAAUUUCAGCAAUUUAUGUCUAUUUUCUGCAGCUCUAUUAACUGUGGGAAAAAGGGGGGGAGUGGGAUUUGUUUGGUCUUGUUCCAUCACGUAACCUCAAAUAAUUUAUUCACAUAUAUAUCAAUUUCCCUUCAAGUUUAAUUGCACACUGGGCUUAGUCAUAUUUACUGGUGUUCUCACUGUGGAUCUUCUCACCAAAACAGUUUUUAUAUGAUUGAUAGCAUUAUUACAGAGGAAAAUGCAUGGUAUGAAUAAAAGCAUAAUUGCUUGUUAUAGUUAGUCUGGUGUUUUAAAAAGUACAAUCAAUUUUUCCAUUCUUCUUUUUCUCCCAAAUAUUGCAGAGAAUUUUUUCUACACUUAUUUUUCCC